UGUGCGAAAAUUGACAACUGAUAUAAAAGAAAUGCUUCUCAAGCGGUCAGACCAAAACUUAUCGCUUUUUCUCUACUUUAUUUUUUCUCGCUUCUAUUAUCACUAUAUUAUCGCCACUACCAGCACCACCACUGCUUUUAUCGAUACACACACGCACAUCUCCCAUCAUGGACUUCAACGUUGCUACUACUUCAUACGACAGCAUGCCAUUACCGAUCGGUGCUCCAAUGUUCCAUCCUCAAUCAGAACAGUUUGUAGACCAGCUUUCUGUACCCACCACCACGUCUGUGCACACCACCCAUCACAAUCUUUCCGACUUCUAUCAGCUUCCUUCUCAACAAUCACAGUCACUCGCUUACUUCGAAGAUCAGCUCGCCAUGCCCACCGCAGCCACCACCACCACCACAACCGUUAUCCCAGCAGCUCCAGCCACUCCUUCAAACCACACCAACAGCAGCAAGGAUGCCCAAAAGAAGAAGCCCAAGAGAAAACAAGUGAAAAAUGCCUGUGGUAAGUUUAACAACAAUUUGUUAAUUUGUGUUGCACAAACGAAAUUUCCUUACGUGAUCUUGACACAAAUCUCCGCAAAUGUAGUAAAUUGUCAAAAAGCAUGCAAAAAGUGUGACGACGGAAGAGCCUGUCAACGCUGUAUCAAACUCGGCCUCACUGCCACCUGUGUCGACUCACCUCGCAAAGAACGACGGAAGGGCAUCAAGCGUGGACCUUACAAGAAGCGCCAACCUCGCAGUGAGCAUCAGCAGCAGCAGCAGCAGGAACCACAAUUGAUGUUGCAUGCAGAAUGGUAUGACAACAUGGAAUACCGCGGACCAUCCUUGUCGUCAAGCCCUACUUCUUCUUUAUCGUCGUCAUGGAAUCAGCAGCAUCAGCAACCAUACGUCUCCAUGGAGCAGCAAGAUUCGCUCGUUGCCGCUGGCAACUUCUUCGAGCAGCCCUGCUAUCCAGUCACUAUAACUAAUACGCAUGACAUGACCUCCUUCGUUCCAUCCAACAACAAUAACAACAACACCAUGUCAUACCCCAGCUCUUCUUCGGACGAUGGCUUCGGUCAAUCCCCUUCAAUUUCCUCGACGACUGCCUACUCUCCUUGCUCGCCCGCCACUCCACCACCUCCAGCAGCUAAUACUCUCCUUCCUGUUGUCCCCUCGCAGCAAUCGUAUACUCAGCAAAUUGCUCUCCUUCAAAAGCGUCAGCAAAGAACCAUGGAGCAGCAAAAGGCGAUCGAACAGCAGAUUAUGCUCUCGAUGCAGCAGCAGCAGGAGGAGGAGGAGCAGCGACAGCAACUGCGAGAGCAACAGCAGCAACAACAGCAACUCUUCUUUACGAAGCAACAGCAAGAGCAGCAACAGUUCUUGCAAGUUGAGCAAAUGACCAACAUGAGCAUGCCAACUACAUCCAUGACCGACUCUUGGCAAUUCUUCUUAUAAGCUUUUCCUCGUUCUCGACCUCCCUUUUUCUUUUAACACUAAUAUCUUUUGUACAUACCGCACACACCUAAUAUCUUCUCGUUGCAUCAAUCUUUCAAAGACAUUUACAACUUCUACUACUACCCCCAUC